AGCUGUUUUGCUGCCAGACCUUCAUUCUCUACACAAAGUUGUACAUAUUUAUCCGAGUAUUGAUUGGACGGUGACUGCAGAGAAAAUAUGACAUUAGCAACAAGCCAAGGCUGACAGUGACUGUUGGAAGUGAAAAAGGAAAGAGAAGGACACAUCUCUCUCUGGACUUGGUUUUUUUUGCUACAUGGAAGUUAUAUUACACCUUAAGAGAACACUAUGGUAUAGGCUAGAAAAUUUGACGUUUACAGUGAGUUCUUAAGGGAGAUAUACCUUCUUAAGGGAGUUUUACCAGUAGGAAGAAAGAAGAGUCACCCAUUACAACCCCUGAAGUUUCUGUUAUAUUUCUUGACAGAAGUCUCCACGGAUUUCUGUGUUCGGUUUGUGACGUGCAAGAAGGAAAGGAUUAAGUUUUAUGACCAUAACUUACACAAAUUUAAAUCCUCUGCUCUAUUCUCUUUCUACAAGGUAAUUUACUGGUAUCCCAGUGCAACAGGAGUUUGUCAUCAUGGGAAAACAGAAUAGUAAGCUGAAACCCGAGAUUCUGGCGGAUCUACGGAGUCAGACGGAAUUCAGUGAAGACGAACUACAGGAAUGGUACAAAGGUUUCAUUAAAGACUGUCCCAGUGGCCACCUGUCGGUGGAGGAAUUCAAGAAAAUCUACGGAAAUUUCUUCCCUUACGGUGAUGCAUCGAAAUUUGCUGAACAUGUAUUUCGGACCUUUGACCAGAACGGUGAUGGAACGAUAGACUUCCGUGAGUUUAUAUGUGCUUUAAGUGUUACAUCGAGAGGAAAAUUAGAACAGAAAUUACGAUGGGCUUUUAGCAUGUACGAUUUGGAUGGAAAUGGAUUCAUUUCAAAACAAGAGAUGUUAGAAAUUGUUACGGCAAUCUACAAAAUGGUAGGCACAGUGAUGAAGAUGCCGGAGGAUGAGGCUACGCCCGAGAAAAGGACGGAAAAGAUUUUCCGACAGAUGGACAAGAAUCUUGACGGACAGCUGUCAUUGACAGAAUUUAUUGAAGGAGCAAAAAGCGACCCUUCCAUUGUCCGUCUUUUACAGUGUGAUCCUAGUUCACAAGGAUGAGGCAAGACCCCACAUAAAUAGAACAUUUUUCUUCUUGUAAAUACCAAGUUGACCUAACAUGCUCCGUAACAAUUCUUUUUUUUUCAUCCAUGUGUUAUUUAUAUAUAAUUAUAUAUAUACAUUCAUGAUUGUAUACUUAUUUUUGUUUGUAUAUGAUACCUUUAUUUGGAUACAUAUAUAUGUAUUUGAUGUAUGAUAUUUCUGCCAAGUUGUUUCCCUUUUUUUGAUGUAAAUUUAUUUUUCUGAUUGAUGUAUGGAAGUUUACAGAUAGCUCAGAGAGAGUAUAAAUAGCUGAGAAUAGGUUGAAUUUUCUUGUUAAUAAUGAAUUAUUCAUUCUUAACCUAUACAUUCUUUUCAUGCUAGUUUGAUAGGAAUCCAAUAUGGUUUGUAACUUGAGUAAAAUGCAUUUGUGAAAAAGAUAUGGGCUAAUUACAUGUACUCUCCUGGUUACAGAAUACUUGAAUUUUCCUCCUUAAAUAAACCUGAGACAUUUCAUACAUGUAGACAGAAUUUAUUGAUAAAGGCACAUAGACAAUAAUUAUUUUGUUCCAUAAUAUUUGAGGUUAGAAAUGUUAAGAAUGGGCUGUUGUAUUUGUUUAUAUAGAACUUUGUGUAUUUACAAAUAAGAAAGUAACUAUUUUCGAAUCAGGAUUUUAUUGUUUUGAUGUCAUAUAUUCAAAAACAUCAAGUAGAUCCACAAUUUUAUAGUCAAUCAAAGCCCCCUGCCCCUAAAACAAGAACUUAAAACACAGUUUUUUAAUUCAGUCAUGUUUGUAUAUUUUGAGAUGGUCCAUAGCCCCAUGUUAAAGUUUUCCCUUUUGUUGUGAUAUUGUUUAUUGUUGCACAACAUAUUUAUUGUUAUAUUUCACCAGUGGUUUAUUUGAAGUCAGUUGCAUGUUAUUUGAUAUUUUUCAGCUGAUUUUAUUUUUCUUUACAAUUACUGACUAACAUAAUUACAUUUCGGGGACCAUUUUACUCCUAGAUUCUCAUAGAUUAAGAAAUCAUGAGUUCUUGAAACAUAAUUUGUAUUGAUUUUUUUUAAACAAAAUUUUCAUUUAUAAGAAGAUUGGAUUAAAUUGUUCUGUCCAUUUUAUAGUUUGUAUGUGUAUAUUGAACUUCUUUAAGCUGUGUAUAUCAGAUGAAUGUUUUGGAUACAUGCCAACAUUUAUUUUUUUUUUUGCUAGAUUUCUAAAAUAAUGUUUCAGGUUAUUUUUUUUACAGUUUAAAACAACCCCACCUAAUGAAACUGGGGAAAACUUUCAUAGAAUUAGACCUACAUUACUUAAUUUAGACAUGCAGUCAUUUUAUGGUACUUUUUUUUUUUUGCAUCUCUGUAAAAUAUGACCACCAUCCCACCACAUUACAUGUGUAUAGUUUUGUCAUUGUAUCCCCCUCUCCCAAUUAUUUUUUUUUAUAAUACUCCAGGAUUUAUAACUUAUUGUUACUUCAUCUGUAAAUUCCCUGAUGGUUAGAACAUCACUGCUUGUCACUGCUUCUCAAUCAUUUAAUACUGAAAAAUUAUUACUGUAGGAAUGCUAGUGCUCAAACACUGAAUUUUUGUACAUUGGGUUUUGCAUAUUAUAUGAGUGUCUAGAACGAUUACCUGUUUGUAUUUUAUGUUAGCUUUUGGUAGGUUUCUCAUUGUAUCAUCUUCAGGAAUGGUUGUCAGAUGUCAAUUAAAAGUUAAUACUGCAGUUAAAAAAAAUUUCUGAGAGUCCAAAUGUUUGUGGCUGGAGGGCAGAAUAAUUAGAAAUCUAUUGGAUGUACAACAUUUAUAUUAAAAGAAAAACUGGACACACACUCUAUAUCUCAUAAGGAAUGUUUUUUCCAUGACCAGAAUAAAUAUGUAUGGAUGUUUUACUAAAUUUGUAGUUCAUCUUUCUACUCCAGUCCCACUUUUUCUCUUUUCAUUCAUUCUUUCUAGUCACAUGACAUUUUUAUGUAGGUUUAGAAACUUUGAUUUACCAAGUUUGAACAAAAACAUUACACAUUUUCUUGAUGUGAUUAAUCAAUAAAUGUACCUUAUAUUUCUGACAUUGCUUCAUAAUUGUUGAUAUUUAGCGAUAUCAGGUUGACAUCUUAGAAGUAUAUCCACCAAUCAUUUGCAAGACCUCUUGAAAUUGUGUAGGUUUUAACAUUAUACGCUUAAUAAAUGUAUGAUACCUGAUAACUUAAGAGCACAUAGAACCAAUUGUAUACCUCUGGCAUAUGAAAUCUCUACUGAUUCUUAAUUUAAACCCUUGAGCAUAAAUAUAGAGUGUAUGAAAAUUUCAGUGAAAUCGUGGAAGAUUAUAUCUUCUAUGUAAAUGUUCUAGAGUAGUCAAGUUUUUUUUUUUUAGUUAUUUUGGUUUCUUAGACUUUCACUUUAUUGAUCUCAAUGCAGUGAAUGAGAUAUUGCAGUUUUAUAGCAAAAUUGUCUUGUGUGAUUUUUCAUUAAAAUCCAAGGAUCACCAUUUUCUAGUGUAGUGUGUUGAAGAUUUUUUUAGUUAAUAGUUUUGAAGUAAUGUGCACACUAACCCUUAAUGUAUUUAAAAAAUAGAUAUUGACAUGAAAUUAAAACAUGAAUUUUAAAUAUAAAUAGAAACAUUAAGUUUUCAGCCAUCUGUAUGUGCAGAUUUUUUUUCCUUAACUGGUUUUGAAUACAGUGCUUGUAUGAUGUUAUUACUAGACUAACUCAAAUGUUACAUGUAACAUUGGUGUGACUUUGUACAUAGAACAAUAUAGCUGUGUGUCAUAUGAUCACAAUUGAUUUAUUUGUCAUUUGAGUGGGAAUCUUAUGUGACAAUAAAUCAUUUUUCUCCUCA